AAACCAUUCAUCUAAUUCCAACGUUUCCACAAAUAGUCAUGACUUCCUACGCCUCCCAGUACCCGCCAUCUAUCGAUUUUGACCCUGCGUACAAGAAGUUCUUCGAGAGCUUCUAUGCCGCCUCCGACACGCCGGGAGCGCAGGCGCACGAUGAAUACACCAAAUAUUUCACGGAAGAUGCAACGCUAAUCAUGGCUUCCAAGAAAGUCGCCGGGCGUGCAGAGAUCAAAUCCCUGCGCGAAGCUAUGUGGGAAAAGGUUGCCAGUAGAGCGCACGAGCCUGUGAAGAUAUUUCCGUUUGGGCCCAACGCAGACCAAGUUAUGCUGUACGGAACGGUCAAAUACGGCCUCAAAGCAGGGGGCGAAUCUAGCAAGGACUGGGCUGCCAGAGCGCAACUUGUCAAAGACGAAGAUGGCCAUGUAAAGUUGAACUUCUACCAAGUAUAUCUAGUGCGACCGCCCACCCCCAUCCGUGUCAGUACAUGUGGAGUUGCGGCUGAUGAUUUAAUCUAGGAUACCGCAGCUUGAGCCAGGUUAUAGGUAAAUCUUACGUUAAUAUGGCCCCAACUAUAGGGGCUUCCCUUGGCUUGGUAGUUUCAAAUAAGCUCGGUAAGCGGAUAGGACAUGGCCGAAUGCUA